AUGACCAGCGCGGCAAAUGCACGGCUCGCCUCGACCGAGGACCAUGCCCACCUUUUCUCGGUCAACUACUCGUACGACUACCUCCGCGACGUCUCGCUAGACUUUCUGCAGCUGCCCUCCUUGAAGCUCAACAAUCUCGUUGCCAGUGGGGCUCUGCUGGACCGCGCCGGCGUGCCCGCCACUGCUUCAAGCAACUCAAAAGCCGCAAAUUGGAUCGACAUCUUCCCUGCCGACGCCGGCAUCGCGAGUCGGACUGCCCUGCGCGUGUUCCGGCAGAGCAAGUACUGGCGCACCGUCCUAUCUGCCGGUUCCGACGCGCUCCAGCAUUUUUUGCAAGACGACUCGUUCAAGCAGGCGGUCAGGUCAGGCAAGACGUUUUCGAAGAUCUCGGCGAAGCUGCUGCAGAACAUCGAGGAUGGGUUCCUGCGCUUCGCCGUGUACCUCUUCCCCGAGGCAGACGAGCAGCAGGUGAAGCUGUUGGCUAUCGUCAUGGUGUACAUUUUUGUCUUUGACGAUCUCUGGGAGAUGGAAGACGGCGAAGAAGUGACCAAGCUGCGCGAUGACUUCGUCUCACGGCUACAAACUUCGGACAAAGCAGGAGAGUCCCCGGCAGAAACGAGCACAAAGACGCCGCUCCAGGCCAUGAUCGACCAAAGCAUCGCGGAGCUGCGCCAGUUCUCCAGCACGGGCGGCCAGGAAGUCAUCGACGAGCUCAUCGGCUUCUGCUCGCACCCGCCGCCGCCGCCGCGCCCGUUCGCCGACUUGGCCGACUACCUGGCGUAUCGGCGCGAAGACGCUGCGUAUCCAUGCAUCCUCGCCUGCACCAAGUUCUCCAUCGACUCCACCGUCGACAUCCAUUCCCCGCGGAUGGCCAAGAUCAUUGAGCUGAUGGGCAACCACAUGAUCUUCGCAAACGACCUGGGCUCUUUCGCCAAGGAGAAGCGCGCCUUCUCCGCGGGCAAGAUUCAGCACCUGAUCAACUCGGUGCACGUGGUCAAGCAGCUGCUGGGCCUGCCGAGCGACGAGGCGGCCAAGGGCGUCGUGUAUGGGCUGCAGCUGCAGGUCGAGUGUGAUAUGGAUGCCGAGGUGGGCAGGCUGUUGGAAGAGGACGGGGGGUUGGAUAAAGAGGAGUGGCGGUUUUUGGAUGCGUGUCUGCUGCUGACGGCGGGCAAUUUGCUGUGUACGUCGAUCAUGGAUCGCUACGGGGGGGAGCAGGGGAGGCUUUGA